GGGGCUGAGCCUGCUCGCCCACUUUCGGACGGUGGAGCUGCAGGCCCGGGUGCUGCGCCUGGAAGCCGAGUGCGGGGAGCAGCAGAUGGAGACGGCUAUUUUGGGACGAGUCAACCAACUGCUGGAUGAGAAAUGGAAGCUCCACUCUCGGAGGCGUCGAGAAGCCCCGAAGACGUCUCCAGGGUGUCACUGCCCACCAGGACCUCCUGGUCCUAUUGGAAGACCCGGCCUCCCGGGGGACAAAGGUGCCAUUGGGAUGCCAGGACGUGUGGGAGUAAAGGGCCAACCAGGCGAGAAGGGGGCCCCAGGAGAUGCCGGGAUGUCCAUCAUCGGGCCCCGAGGCCCCCCUGGCCAGCCGGGCACCCGAGGGUUUCCUGGAUUUCCGGGUCCCAUCGGGCUAGACGGCAAACCGGGCUACCCCGGACCCAAAGGAGAGAUGGGCCUGGCGGGUCCCCGAGGACAGCCGGGGCCCCAAGGAGAAAAAGGAGAAAAGGGUCAGUGUGGAGAGUACCCGCACCGGGGUGAACAGGGCCAGGCCGGUAUCCAAGGCCCACCAGGGCCACCAGGCCCCCCUGGACCAAGUGGACCUCUGGGGCAUCCAGGACUGCCAGGGCCCAUGGGGCCACCUGGCUUUCCUGGGCCUCCUGGACCGAAGGGAGACCCAGGGAUCCAGGGCUACCAUGGCCGGAAGGGAGAACGGGGCAUGCCAGGGAUGCCGGGCAAACACGGAGUGAAGGGGGCUCCUGGCAUCGCCGUGGCGGGGAUGAAGGGAGAACCAGGAACCCCAGGAGCCAAGGGUGAGAAAGGCGCCGCGGGCCUUGGCCUCCUGGGGCAGAAGGGAGAGAAAGGCGAUUCUGGCAACUCCAUUGGAGGAGGCAGAGCGGAGCCCGGCCCCCCAGGGCUCCCCGGGCCCCCAGGGCCAAAGGGAGAAGCUGGUGUCCAUGGCCAGGCUGGCCCCCCCGGAAAGCAGGGGGACAAGGGGGACCCUGGAGCGCCUGGAGAACAGGGACCAGCUGGCCCCAAGGGCUCCAAGGGAGAGCCAGGGAAAGGAGAGGCGGUGGAGUGCAACGCCAGCAUCAACGAGGCGCUCCAGGGGCCCCCUGGUCUUCCCGGGCAGAUCGGCCCACCUGGAGCUCCAGGGAUCCCAGGCCAGAAGGGGGAGAUUGGACUGCCAGGCCCUCCAGGCCACGAUGGAGAAAAGGCCAGUGUCCCCGCUCAAGAGACCUGGGUCCUGUUCUGUCAUCUUCUGUCUGUGUCCCCCUGA